UCAUUUACCCAGAAAGGUUGGCUGUCUGUGUGGUCCAGGGACAGAGCAAAGUUCAGGAUAACCAGGAAGAGAGAGAGAUCAGCGUUCUUCCUGACAGACGAAGCAGAAGACAUGGACAAGAUGAAGAUGUCAGACUUGUCUUCGUUCUGCUGUGCAACAUGUAUUACUCUGAAGGAUCGAUGUCCACGACCAAAGGGACUUAUCAACCUGCUCCUUACAAAAGUGUGUUUGUUGGCUCUGCUGUUUGGAACGGUCUGGUCCAUAACUGGACGGGAAUGUUUACCUGGAGGGAAUCUGUUUGGGAUCGUCAUCCUCUUUAUGUGCUCUGUUCUGGGAGGGAAGCUGCUGGGAAUGAUCCAACUGCCGACCUUGCCCCCCUUCCCUCCACUGCUUGGAAUGCUGCUGGCAGGCCUCCUGUUGCGUAACAUUCCCUACGUUAACGACACCGUCUUCAUCGACACUCAUUGGUCAGCAGCUCUUAGGAGCAUCGCCCUGUCCAUCAUCCUGACCAGAGCCGGACUGGGCCUCGACCCCUCGGUGCUGCGCCAUCUUAAAGCGGUGUGUGUGCGUGUUGCGGUCGGCCCCUGCAUGGUGGAGGCCUGCAUCGUUGCUGUGGUUUCUCACUUCCUGCUCAGCCUGCCAUGGGUCUGGGGCUUCAUUCUGGGCUUUGUACUGGCAGCAGUAUCUCCAGCUGUUGUUGUUCCUUCAAUGCUGCUCCUACAGAAGGAAGGAUAUGGAGUGGAGAAGGGAAUCCCAACGCUGCUGAUGGCUGCUGGGAGUUUUGAUGAUAUUCUGGCCAUAACAGGAUUCUCCACCUGCUUGGGAAUCGCCUUUUCCACGGGUUCUACCUGGAUGAACAUCCUCAAAGGUCUACUCGAGGUGGUUGGUGGGAUCGUAGCUGGACUGAUCCUGGGCCUGUUCUUGUGCCUCUUCCCGAGCAAUGACCAGGAGGACCUGGUGCUAAGGAGGACUCUCAUGUUGUUGGGUCUGUCCAUAUUUUCGGUCUUCUUCAGUAAUGUUAUUGGUUUUGCUGGUGCUGGUGGUCUCUGUACGUUGGUACUUUCCUUCCUGGCUGCUCUGGGGUGGAAGACUGAGAAGGCUCCAGUGGCAGCUAUGGUCGGUCGGUCUUGGGAUGUGUUCCAGCCUCUCCUGUUUGGUCUGAUUGGAGCUGAGAUCACCAUAACAUCCCUCAGCCCCAGCACUGUGGGUCUGGGCAUGGCCUGCAUUCUCAUUGGUCUGGUGAUCCGUCUUCUCGUCACCUUCCUGCUGGUUCAUUUUGGAGGUUUCACACUGAAGGAGAAAGUCUUCAUCGCAGUGGCCUGGCUGCCUAAAGCUACUGUACAGGCUGCUAUUGGCUCCAAGGCGUUGGACAUGGCGAGGGAGGAGGGGGACGAGACCUCGAUUCAGUUCGGUCUGGUUGUGCUAACGUUAGCGGUGUUAGCCAUUCUGACCACAGCUCCCAUUGGUGCGCUGGGAAUUGGACUAACUGGGCCGCGCCUCCUGACACGUUAUGUCAAAGAUGAGACAGAGAGGGAAGCCCCGCCCACCAGUCCAAAUGGACAUACUGAAGAAGAAAACCACGUGAUCAUUGAGAGCAGGAUGUGAUGCUUCUGACUGAUCCACCGACCGUCUUUCAGAAGCUGCAUGUAGCUGCAGGACAUUUUCAUCUGUUUGUUUAAAUGCUUUAGAUGUUCAAGUUUCUUCUCAGCUGAGAUGUUAGAAAAGCUUCUGCUAAAGACAACAAACCAAACUACUUCAGCUUUUCUUCUAGAGGUUUGAGAUUCAUUUGUUUCACAGAACGAUCUGUAGGACCUUCCUAACCGAGCACGUUGGGUUUAUUAUUGGGUGUUUCUCAUUGUUAAAGUUAAUUAAACCUUAGUAGAAACUCAGGGUAAAACCAACCAUGUUCAGACAA